AUGGAGAAGAGGAGGCCGCCGCUGAUGUCGCCGGGGAGGAGCGGCGCCGCCGCCGGGUACGUGGGUCUCGGUGACGAGGGCGCAGCGGCGAGCUCCUCCUCCUCCGCCGGCGCCUACAGCUUCAACGGGCCCAGCGGCGGCAGCGGCGGCGGCGGGUUCUCAUAUACCGCCGACCCGGAGAACCAGCGGAAGAAGCGGGUCGCCGCCUACAACUCGUUCGUCGCCGAGAACAAGCUCAAAUCCUCCGUCCGCACCAGCUUCAGGUGGCUCAAGAGCAAGCUCUUCUCCGACGCCCGCUACGCCUGA